AUGGCAAACUCUGAUUGUGCUGGGUGCAGAUGGCAAAGGUUGGUUUGGCUGUUCUACUUCUAUGCGGCGCAUGUGAUGGGCAAGACAAUCAACAUGCGUGUUGACGCAACCGGCCAAAUCGGCACAGAGGGCCUUGAUGCAUGGAACCCUCGGAGAGUCCAAGAGGCUAUCGAGAUCCUGAAUGGGUCUGGGUGGCAAGCCAUUCGAAUGGAUCCCCGGGAUUCAGGCUCACUUGCCGAUGCUUCGGAGCAUGUCGUUCUACGAACCGCCGCAAGGUACCGAAUGAAAACAACUCCAUCCUGA